AUGCCUGAGGAAAAUACUACCAUCUGCCCCUCGAGUUUUCCAUCAAGAAAAAUAAACAAAUCUAAUACGAAGUCUUCAAGUUGUCGAUGCACUUUCUACUCAAAGUCAAAGGAAAUUUCCAGCUCUCGCAAUAAUCAUAUUCCAGGGGAAAGUAGCAAUUCAAUCGAAUUCGAGAAGUCUGAUAAAGAAAUUCCAAGGGAUAGUUUAGUGAAAAAACAUCAACUCAAGGAUAAUGGUAAUAAUUUAAAGAAUAAAAAAUUAAGUAUAGAUUAUCAAAAUGGUAUAGGGGAAAAAUUUCUAACACAAAAGGAAAUUACAACUGCUUUGGAAAAUGAAGCGGAAACAUUGAAAUUGAAAGAACCUAGUACCAAAAAUAUUCAGCAAAUCGAUUUAAGUUUAGAAAAAUUAACAGAAGACAAUGGAGGAAAAUCUUUGGAUAAAAAUGAAAAUACACGAAAGAGUCACACGAAUUUAAAAGAUACAAGUAUUCAAACAGAAUCAAAAAAUUGCUGCGAAAAUUUAAGGGAGGAAAUAUUUAAUGUGCUUGAAAAUCUUAAAGAGCAAUCGAAUGUUCGUCAAACUGUGAAUUCUCCACCGACUCGUGGUUUUUUAUCCAACACUCAAACUUUUGGAACUGGAAUACAUAAUCCAAUCGAUCCGAAUUUAGAAUCUACUUUUGAAAAUAGACCAUUCAAUGCAAACAGUCCUAAAGUUGAUGAUACUAAGAAAAAUACUUACGCUUACAGCAAUGACUCUUCGGGAAAUUUUCUACAUCGAUUAGAAGAGAAAAAAGAUUGUCUUUGUUGUGGUACAGAAUUAACUUUACUUACAAAUGAAGCAACGAAAAAUUCAAAAAAUUCUCAAAAAUUAGAGAAACAGAAAGAGAAGCAGAAGGAAAAGGAGGAGAAGAAUGUAAGAAAAGAGUUUGUAGAAAAUAAUAAUUCUGACGAUCCUCAAAUUGUUGAUGCAUCAAGACCGGAAUUUGUUGAUGUUUUAAUAGAAAUUGGACAAUGUACACGUAGUUUAGAAAGACAAUUGGCACAAAUGAACGAAGCUAUGAGGAGUAGAAUAAACGAAACAAAUGCCUGGACUUAUAGAAACGAGAAUACUCAACCAGUGGGAAGUUCAACUCCAAAAGAGGCAAAAACUGAUGAACGAAUAUUUCUCUCACUCUCAAAUUAUAUGGGAUCGGAUAUUGCAAAUUUCAGUAUACCCGAGGAAGAAAGUGCCUUUGAAGAAGAACGUGUAACAAAUAAAGCUGAAAGUAAUACCAUAAAAGAACUCAAUAGAGAUAAUCAGCUAUUCACAUUAUCACCAAUUGGCACAUCAACUCCAGUCAUAGAAAAAAAUAAAGUGAUAAUUUCCAAAAAGAGUACCCACGAUAAUGGCCAAGUUUCCAAUAUUCAUGUGACUGCAUCAAAAAAAAUAAUUCAUUCAAAUCAAAUUCCAGGUCCUUCAACUAACAAUCAUUCAUCGAAUUUGAAAAAUAAUAUGUCUACUUCAAAAUCAUCGGAUAUUUCUCUUUCGUCAUUUAUUGAUGGAGAAAAUAAAAACAAAAAAAUACAAACAGAUGACUUUGAAGAAACUCAAUAUAAAGAUUUUCCUCGUUCAAAAAGAAAAUAG